AUGUCAAUAGACAAGAUCAGCAAUGGGGGACAGGCAAUUGUGCCGCCGCCUUCACAUCCGGUGCCGCAGUUACAGCUGCCCUUCGAAGAGUCCAUGAUGGAGUCAAUAAAUGAUGAGGUGGCUGAUGAUAUACCUACCGACGCUAUGGUCAGGAGGAGUAUGCUGCUUGAGGCGCCUACCUAUCAGCGAGUUAUUGCAGGCCGCUGGAAACAGAAAGCUGGCGAAAAAUAUCACCCUUUAUGGAAACUCGUGGCCCAAUUGACCUUCGGCAUGCACCUGCUGUCUCAGCACAUGGCAAUCUCGGAAGACGAGGUGAUGAGGAUCUUGCAAUCUCACGUGGAUGAUAUCGAUGCCUUCUUGGAACGAACCACCGAGGACUUUGACUUGGCACAAAGCGACAUUCACGAGCGAAUACGGUGUUUAAAACUUCCCCUUUCACACGGAGACGUCUUUGACCGCAUGCUGGAGGACCGCGCUUUCCGAGCAUCGAUUCUCGAAGGGAACGAGAAGAUCGACCAUGUCAUCAGCCGAACCAAGAAAGCAGCCAAGGACGCACUAAAGGACGUGCAGAAAGGAUUCGACGCAACCAAUGUCAUGGACAAAUAUCUCUCCGAUUUGACCUCGACGUGGAAAAGAAACUCGCCUGAGCACGAGGCUGUCCUUGUUGCGAUGCUUGGAAACGUUGAAGGGUGGCGCCGGGCCUUCUUAGAAUUGCAUCUGCAGGGAAACAAACUGGCAGGGUCACUCAAGAAGCUCGCAGAGGUCGUCUCGGAGAUGCAGCUACGAGCUGCAGCGGUCAGCAGGAAUCUUGUGGCUCAGAAACCCAGGCACAUAACCUCCCAGGCUGGCCGUGCACCAUCCACCUUUGGACCAAUAGUCGAUCAAAAACCACUACCCACUGAACCCGGUCGACGACAGUCGACCAGAAACUCAUCUCGCAGCACACAACUCACCAGCUUCUCCAGUCGACCGAACACCGGUCAGAACUCGAGUCACGGUAUGAUCUCCCACACGCAGUCUAUGGGUCUACAAACGCCGCAGUCCUCGGACUCCAGGAGGCCUGAUUAUACCGCCACUUCAUUAUCAUCCGCUUCGGCAGCGUUCGACAUGGCACAGCAUGCCUCGGAGCGUAUGCUUAGCGUUGGCGGGCUGCUCAUCCGAUCUAAUGAGCAACAACUUAGUGAACUUCCAGCUGAUGUACCCGAAGAUGCGCUCCGGCAGGCGCCGGUCUCGGUCAAGAAUCGACUUAGUAUGACCCUGGGUCUGAGGUCGAAGGACACAGCAAGCCAUCGCAUAUCCAGUGUUUAUUAUCCACACGCACUAAGCAAUCUCUUGAAAUCUCCCGGUAUUUCUUCGUUGCUGCUCACCCCAGAGGCCGGCAUCAAAGGUACGCCGGUGCAAAAGCUGGUAUCACCCAUAAUGUCUGAAGGCGAGGCUGGAUUCUCCCUCGCCCAAGGACAGAGUCCCUCGAUCGGCUUCGUUACUCCGGAGAGCAGGACCGGUCUGAACUCUACUAAAGAUCCUCCAACUGGCCCGCGAAGGUCAGCUCGUGCCUCGCUCCAUGAGGCAUCUACGCCAGCAACACGCCGCUCAUCCAUCCGGGGCCCGGCGUUCACCUUGCAUUCCUCUGUCAUGGCCAUGGCAGCGCCUCCUGUCGAGCUUCCGGCGCCUGUCACAGACACUGGUCGGCCCGUGGCACAGGAAAAAAGGCCGUCCUCGUCCUCGUCCAGAAAAGGCUCUCAGUCCCAAAUGUCAAGCCUAGGCGAGCCUGGACCAGAGUUUCCAGAAGCUGGAACGACGAUAUUAACCUCAGUAUCAGAGCCAAGAUAUUUUAUCGACACGUCUCUGGCAAUGGUUCCGGUGGAUCCCGCCUCCGUGGCGGAAGAAAUCUUCGCGGCGGCACAUCACAAGGUGGAACUGGAGUCAAUUUCGAGUCAAGCAGUUGGCCGAGCUCAACAAAAGACGGGCACUGGACCUCUUCGCCAACAACAAACCAAAGUGACGCCAUUUAUCAGCAAGAAAGUUGCUGAAGCAAGGGAUGACGAAAACCCAAAGAGGCGGAUUGGUGAGCAAACUAUGGUUAACGGCAACCUCAAUCCCGCCGCGAACCCUGAAUUGGCUCCUAAAGGGUCAACUAUCCGACGUUCUCCCAGCACAGACUCAUCUACAAAGUUCGUGGCCGAGUUGGAAGCCGUCGUACCGAAAUCACUUACUGUCAAGCCCAAGAAAGACGACGGGCCGGUGGAAUUGGAGGCCCCCCAUCAGACCUUCAAAUUGCCUCCUCGGCCUAUUACGGCGAACGAGGUAACAGAGAAAGGUGCCCCUCUCGCCAGCAUCAACCAGCUUGAUGACUCCUCCAAGCAUCACACCGACAUAACCACCAAGUCUUGCAUGAAACCCAAGGAAUUUGGGGGUCCCAAUACAGCCGAACCGAUCCGGCCAUCGAAGGUGAAAUCGACCAAGCAAGACGGCAAGAUUGACCCCGUUCAAGUCGGUAGUCCCAGUGGAACUCCGCCUUCCGCUACAAGCAGUCCAAAGCUCAAGCUCAAGGUCGACCCGGUCGCGGAAAUUAUUGAGAAUAUUUCGUGGACUCCCACUAGCCCUAUUCACUCAAGAGCUGCGUCGACCGCCUCUUCCAACUCGGCGCAACGCUGGUCUUAUCGAUCAUCGCGGUCGCUUGGGCCGCCUGCACAAGCUCCAGCACCGCCAGCUCCUGGCGGACGAUCCAUGGUGGAACCCGAUUUCGCCACGGCAGGCCAAUUCGAGGGAGAACGCAAGCAGAAGAAGAAGGAUAGCAGCUCCGGCGUGGGGAGUAAAAUUGCAUGGAAAGCCUUCUUCCGGCACAGCUCGGCAAAUAGUCCGGGAAGCACUGGAGCGUUGGACAGCAGGGAGGGAUUGUCGAGGGGGGCAGCAACUACUCAGGCACCUACGUCUGCUUCAGCGCCAGUCUCGCCGAUACCUGCUGCGGAUAUGAUGACAACGUCGGGGAAGGAUGUGCUCUGGUUCAGAGGUAAUGGGAAGAAGACAUUGUCUGCAGCCUGA